AUGAGCGGUCGCAAACGGAAUCACGAAUCGGCGUUUAAGCCACGAAAGAAGAUAAAAAUUAAAGAACACCAAACAAUUAAAAAAAGUGCUCGAAAAGGUUUAAAAGUGAAUCUGCCCAUUAACACUGGAAAAUUUGCUCAGUUGAUCGACGUAUACGUAUUAGAAAUGACACGGUGCUACAUAUUGGGUGCACUGAAUUUGCAUUAUUUCACCAGUGAUCAUUUCAAGCGCAGUACAGACGAGCAAAUCGAAGCAUUCUAUACUCAAUUCGUCGACAAAAAUUUAUUUCGAGAUUGGUUUUACGGCGUUCAGUUCAUUGAGCAUGCAUUUAACGACGCCAGAGAAAGCGGGUACAGGUUGUAUUACGGCAUUUGGUACUAUUGCCAAAAAUACGGUGUUCGAGCUCCAGUAAUUGGAGGAUUCGGGAAUGUAGUUGAAUACGCAGUACAAAUGUUUUAUACAAAUUACAAAAAUAAUAUUUGUAUGCACGCUCACUCACGCAUCCGAAAGUUUUUCACACAUCAAAACGCGAGCAAAGCACAAAUUGAUGACACCAUGGAUUUCUUAUUCAAGCGAAACUCCAACUGUGUGCCAGACCUGAAUUUGAUGUGGGAACUGGAAAAUACAUCAAAGCCAAUCCGAUUCGACGAUGGGAAAGGGUACUUUUUUGCUAUGGAAAGCAAUUGGUUCAAAUACAUACCAAUAUUCCUGAAUUUGCAACAGUACAUUCGCAAUCAUGAACGUGAACGAAAAGCCGCAUUGAAGCGAGGUGAACGAACCGAGCUUCGUGAAUACAGAAAUUUCACCGUGCUACCAACGUCAUCGUUCGAAAGACAUUACAUUCGAAUUGAUCGUAGAGUGUUUUAUCGCAUGUUGAGACAGAUAGAAUGUCCACAUCGAUUAUUUCGCAAUAAAAACGGCGGCCCAAAACAGGAGGAAGACAUCAAAAAUAAAGAAUGGGAUGUAUUAUGGCGUCUGUAUUUCGACAUCGAUAGCAUCGAAAGAGAACCGAGAAACAAAAAUGAUGGCCAUGCAACAAUAAAAUUCGACAACUCCAUUCAAACAGAUGGUGUCGGUAUGUCAUUUUUGAUGGAACGAACAAAAUUCAUCAUUGAAAAAGACGAUGAAGAGCGUAUGAAAGAGACACAAGAGAUGCUUCUGAAAAGCCAACAGGUGUAUGGUCUCGAUCCUGGACUACGUUUGGUCAUUGGUGGUGUGCGCAUUAACAAUUUCAACGAUCGAAAUAAUCGCACUGAAACAAUCAUUCGAUUGACAUCGGGCCAAUACCAAGAUAUGAUAAAUUCAUCGCGACGGAACAAAUGGCGCAAAAAGUUGACAAUUGAAAUCGAUGAAAAGAUGCGUCUACAUCGUGAGUCAUUUGAUGAGCAGCCUGGUUCACGAGCCGAAGACCAUAAAUCAUAUGCUGAUCAUAUUUUGCGUCAUUUUGAAGAAGAGUUCACAGCAUACACACAGUAUGAAUACGCUUUGCAAGCAUUUCUCCAGUACAUUGACACGAAUAGAGCACUUGAUGCAUAUGCAACCAAGCUCAUCGAUGGUAAGCAAACGUUCAUAUUUGUCGGUGAUCGUUUCAUUGCGGCAGAUUCACCAGCCCGAGGAUAUAUUCGAUCGAAGGUGCGAGAUUUGUUCGAGAAGUUGAAACGUCGCCGUAAAUAUACAGUGGUCGAGGUGGACGAAUUUCGGACGACCAAAUUAUGUUCGUUGUGCUUCCGUGAACUUGAAAAACCGACAAAAAGAGGCAAAGUAAAGGAGAAAUAUCGCUAUCUCACAUGCCAUGGAUGCGAACCAUUGUGUGGAGAAAAUGUGCUUGGAAAAGCCCAAGGUCCGAUUGAAUCACGAAAAAGCAAUCGCAAAUUGACGCAGCAACGAAAACAUCGUCCCCGUACUGAAGGUCCACGUAUGGCAUCAAAAUUUAGUAAAUAUGAAGAGAAAACUCGAAUUGGGCGUACUAUCACCUGGAAUCGUGAUGCAAAUGCAGGUCGUAACAUUCUCUACAAAGGAUGGUGUGCUGUUAUGAAUAUAGAGCUACAUCCAGCAUUUCAACGGAAUGUUGAAGAAGAAGAAGAAAAUGCAGGAGAAGGAGAUCCACCGCCAGCACCACCAGCACGAGCUCGACAAUCAAGACGAGCAGCAUCCAAUCAAAAUCAACAAACAACACAACGAACAUUGCGUUCUCAUCUGGAUCAAGCGCGGAGCUCUCGGCCGUAAGCCCUGGGUUUUGUGCGGGAUUUCAACGUGGUCCUACAAUUCGCUACAAUUAGUAAGUAUUUAAAUUUAAUCCUACAGUGCUAA